UGCUCAGCAGGAAUAAUUUCUGGAAACCAAAAAGAAUAAAAAUAAAGAGGCUCGCAGACGCCAGGGCCAAAUCGUCUUCUUGCUUGCCAAUCCGACGCACCACCUAAGCACAUCGGCGGCGAAGAGGAGGCGGAGAAGCGAUGGGCGUCACCAAGGAGGACGUCGAGGCGGCCAUCACCUCCGCUCUCAGCCCUUCCCAUCUCGUGGUGACGGAUACAUCUGGAGGGUGUGGCGCGAGCUAUGAGAUCGAGGUGGUGUCGGAGAAGUUCGAGGGGAAGCGGCUGCUGGAGCGGCACCGGUUGGUGAACACGGCGCUGGCGCCGCACAUGGCGGAGAUCCACGCCGUCUCCAUCAAGAAGGCGCUCACUCCGGCGCAGGCCCAACCCCAGCCGGAGCCGGCCGCCGAUAAGCCCCAGGCUUAAGUGCUUAACUCGCUUCAAACAGUUUGAUCACAUAUGCACCAUGAGUCAAGCUCAUCUCUGUUGUAGUAUGUGGUCUCUGAUACAUUAACUACUGGUUGAAUAAUGUAGCAGACGCAAUUGCAAAAUUGCAGGAUGUUAUGCUUGACUGCUUAGAAAUUUCUGUGCUGUGCAUUUAACUUCAGAGA